AGUAUUGCGCUGACUCUCGAGCCAGACGCACGCGUUUUUCGAGGUGCUCUUUCAAACCUUCAAUAUCCGCUUUUAAGUUACUUUAUCGUUGGGAUAGAAUCUUGCAGUUUGAUUCGCUGUGACAUAAUUGGGAAGUAAGCAAACAGUCCAGCUGUCGGAAAAAAUCGCGGACGUCGUUAAGCCCGCUGGCCACUCGGUAUUGGCAUCCGGUGGUUAUAUCUGCAGUCCGAACGAACGAACUGGUAUCAAGAGAAGCGCGUGUCUGGCUGGCUAGUUCAAAUCAAGUGCAGAAUAAAUCAUAAAGCAACUGGUGGGCGUCGAUUUGCUUGGUUGCUCCGGGGCAAAACCGCUUUUUUUUAUUGUUAUCGUGCUACAACUCAACCGCAUUCGCAAAAAUAGUUUUCUUUCUGAUAGCUGUUAUCUCACCGCAAGCCAACAACCACAGCUACAGUUUGAAGUUAUAAACAAGUUGAAACGAAAAGAAAAGGCGCAGUUUGUGGGGUUGGGGCUGUUGUAGUUUUUCUAAGUGGUAUAAGAAAAUCGAGCCAAUAAUCCCGAUCUACGCCGGGUGAAAUUGCAGUGGUUGCAGUGUGUAGCACUUGCGGACGAUACGCUCAGCUCCGAGUAGCCGCAAGUUUUGUGCAAAGAUUCGUUCAAGUGCUUCCAGGCUGUGCUCAUCGUAGGUAGUAUACGGCAUCGAUCGCCGACGCAGUCCACCGCGAGAGGUUAUUGACUCGGAUCUAUAAAUUCGACGCAGAUAUUAAUAUCUACACAGUAAAUCUGCUCAAGAUGACACCUAGAGAGGCCAAAGGCGGGACGCCAGUACCCCGUACGCUGCGUAGCAUGAGCACCCGAACAAAUCGUACUACCAGAAAUAGCAACUGCAGCAGGACCAGCAGCAGCAGCAGUAGUAGUCACUCAGCCCUGCCUGCCAUGUGCAUUUUCCAGACUGUGAUAGUAUCGUUAGUGGUUGCCAUUUUCCUGCUGCCCACCAAGAGCACCGGCCUAGAGAACGGCCUAGCACGAACACCGCCAAUGGGUUGGCUCUCCUGGGAACGGUUCCGCUGCAACACGGACUGCGAAGGCGAUCCGGAAAAUUGCAUCAGCGAAAACCUCUUCCGUACUAUGGCCGACCUGGUGGUGACGGAAGGAUAUGCCGCCCUCGGUUAUGAGUACAUCAACGUAGAUGACUGCUGGUUGGAAAAAUCACGAGGGCCUCGCGGCGAACUGGUUGCGGAUCGACGGCGAUUUCCAAGCGGCAUGAAAUCUCUGGCGGACUACGUGCAUGCCAAAGGGCUGAAAUUUGGUAUCUAUGAAGAUUACGGUAACUACACCUGUGCCGGAUAUCCGGGUAUUCUGGGUUUUUCGCAAAAUGAUGCAGCACAAUUUGCGUCGUGGGAUGUGGACUACGUGAAACUGGACGGAUGUUACUCGCUCCCGAUCGAUAUGGAUCACGGUUAUCCGGAGUUCGGAAGAAACCUAAAUGCCACCGGUCGUCCAAUGGUGUAUUCGUGCAGUUGGCCGGUGUAUCAAAUCUACGCAGGAAUGAACCCAAAUUAUUCAGCCAUUAUUCAGCACUGCAAUCUGUGGAGAAAUUACGAUGACAUUCAGGAUUCCUGGGCAUCGCUGGAGAGCAUUAUUGACUACUACGGCAACAAUCAGGAUGCAAUCAUUCCGAAUGCCGGCCCGGGUCACUGGAACGAUCCGGACAUGCUGAUUAUCGGAAAUUUUGGGCUAAGCUAUGAGCAGUCCAAGACCCAAAUGGCCUUGUGGGCGAUCAUGGCCGCCCCACUGAUGAUGUCAGUCGAUCUGCGAACUAUCCGACCGGAAUUCAAAGCGAUUCUGCAGAACAAGAAAAUCAUUGCAGUCGACCAGGAUCCGCUCGGCAUACAGGGCAGGCGGAUAUAUAAGCACAAGGGUAUCGAGAUCUGGUCCCGACCAAUCACUCCCAUUUACCAGACAUUCUACUCGUACGCCGUUGCAUUCGUGAACCGGCGAACCGACGGAACUCCAUCGGAUGUGGCGGUCACGUUACGUGAACUGGGAUUGAUUUCACCCACCGGUUACAGGGUUGAGGAUUUGUACGAAGAAGUCGACUACGGAAUACUCAGCCCGCAAACCAAAAUCAAGGUCAAAGUGAACCCGUCCGGGGUGGUCAUCCUGCGUGCCGAUGUCCAACCGGAGCGUUUCUCCAAGAGACCGUACAAUCCUAUCUUUUACCGUUAUCCGAACUAAUCAGCCACUUGCCACAACCACCACUGAAAUGACCGAUUGUUUUCAAACAACUAGCAUCUAAGUCUGAUCAAAAAGUGUGUGUGAUGCACAUUUCCAGUCUGCUUAGAACCACGCGUUUUGAGUUUACCAACCGUAACCUAAAUACAUAGCCUAGAGGAACGUGUAGAUAGACAGCGAUAAUAGACUAGGAACAAAUCACGAUACAAAUUGUGUCUAAUGUAGAGCAAUUGUACAAAUAAAUACGGCUCAUUUAGGGGCCCAACCGUGUAAUCUUCCGUUCCGUGUAAAGGAAAGUAAAAAAAAUCAUAGUUGAAACAGGAAUAGGCCUAUGCAACCGAAUACAUUGAGAUGUGCCAGCGCCGCCAGAAUGCAAUGAAUUCCCUAUGAACCUAUGUCACUCGGUGAAACUAAAAACCACUAAAUAGUUUGAAAAGCGGCUGAUCAAAAAGCAACACAAAUUAACUAGAAGUUUCAAAAAUUAAAGGUUUUUAAUCAAAUUUAAUAGUUAGAGUGGAAUAGAACUGUAGCAUACCUAAGGCAAGUGAUUCGUAAGGAAUUCAUUAAAACGGUGAUAUUUAUUAUAUACAAAGCACUUAGCUUCGUUAUGAUCAGCAAGUAAAUUUCUGCAUGCUUCGCAACACGGCAGAAAAUGGUAACAAUUAAUGUUAAAAUUUUACAUAUAAAUCAUUAAACCCUUGGCCAACUUUCAUUAGCCGUGAAUAGUAAGCGAAUAUCUUUAGCAAUUUAGUCAACCUAUACUGAGCACAGGCAUAUCAGCAAAACCCCAAUGUUAUCCAAUAGAUUGAAAAGUAUUGACCAAUAAUUCCACUGCAACCAAAUCCAUACUCCACUGCCAGCCAGUGUGCUGCAUUGGAUAGUUAAAUAAAAAAAAAAUACCCAGGAAAUGCUAACGAGGUUUGAUGUCAAAUCUUAGAUUAGCUACAAAAAAUAGUGAGCGAUCAAACAAACAAACCAACAAGCUGAUGAACGACCUGCGGCGCGUCGUUCACUGCAUGAGGAUAUGCCUGAAUAUGUAAUUUAUUUUUACUUAGCUCGUAAGCGAUAUGCAAAUAAAUAAAGAAAAAG